UGCGCCCCCGCGCCGCCCUUCGCCGCCGCGUCCCGCUUCGCGCCCGGCACCAUCUGGUCCUUCUCGCAGGCCCGCCGGCUGGGGCCGGGGCCGGAGACCACCCUGGUGCAGGGCCCGGGCGUCUCCUGGAGCCACCCCGACGGCGUGGGYGUGCAGAUAGACACCAUCACGCCCGAGAUACGGGCGCUCUACAACGUGCUGGCCAAGGUGAAGCGCGAGCGCGACGAGUACAAGCGCAGGUGGGAAGAGGAGUACACGGUGCGCGUGCAGCUCCAGGAGCGCGUGGCCGAGCUGCAGGAGGAGGCCCAGGAGGCUGAAGCCUGCCAGGAGGAGCUCGCGAUGAAGGUGGAGCAGCUCAAGGCAGAGCUUGUAGUCUUCAAGGGACUGAUGAGCAAUAACAUCACCGAGCUGGACACCAAGAUUCAGGAGAAGGCCAUGAAGGUGGACAUGGACAUCUGCCGGCGCAUCGACAUCACUGCCAAGCUGUGCGACGUGGCGCAGCAGCGCAACUGCGAGGACAUGAUCAAGAUGUUCCAGGUCCCAGCCUCGAUGGGGCGGAAGCGGGAACGGAAGCAGGUCAGCGACGAGGACACUUCGCUCUCUGAGAGUGAUGCCUCCCGAAAGCCUGAAGAGGAGGAGGAGGACGAGACCACAGCCAUGAGUAUCAAUGAGGAAAUGCAGAGGAUGCUGAACCAGCUGAGGGAAUAUGACUUUGAAGAUGACUGUGACAGCCUCACGUGGGAGGAGACGGAAGAAACGCUGCUGCUCUGGGAGGAUUUCUCGGGAUAUGCCAUUGCAGCUGCAGAGGUGCAGGGGGAGCAGCAGGAUGACAGCCUGGAGAAGGUGAUCAAGGACACAGAGUCAUUGUUCAAGAGCCGUGAGAAGGAGUAUCAGGAAACCAUCGACCAAAUAGAGCUGGAGCUGGCCACGGCCAAGAACGACAUGAACCGGCACCUGCACGAGUACAUGGAGAUGUGCAGCAUGAAGCGGGGCUUGGACGUUCAGAUGGAGACCUGCCGGCGGCUCAUCACUCAGUCUGGGGACAGGAAGUCUCCUGCCUUCACCCCAGCCUCAAACAGUGAAUCGGCCCCAAAUGAGGAAAGUGAAGAGUCUGAUCGUGAUCCCCCAAGCGAUGCCUCCAUCAGAUAAUUAGGGGAGGCCCUGUUCCUUCAGCACCUCUUCCUGGCUAAGGGGUGUCUGAGCUGUGCCUAGGAGAGACUAAGAGGGACAUGGAGCCUCUGGUGAACUUCUGUCACCCGGGCCAGCCCCAGUUGGGGGUGGCUGGCAGAUCCCCUCACAUGGGAUGCCCUGUAAAUGGGAAUAGCUAGAUAGAUCUGAGGGCCCUUAUCUGGUCUCCUCAUCCUCCACCCCCUCUCUAUUCCCUUUCCCUGCUUCGGUUCAGUUGCGGUUCAGACAGGGAGGCUCCACGUUUACCACGGCACUGUUCUUCAGGUAGUGUCCCCAGGUCCUCCCAAGCACACCUGCUCCAGCCCGUGUCCUGGUGUACUUGAGCUGCCCCUCUCCUCCUGCCCACCUUGUGCUGCACAGAAGCAGAACCAGAGCUGUACCUCUCUGCAAACUGGACCUCAUACUGGUGCCAACUGGACCGAGCCCUGGACUCCCUCUAUCCCUGCUGCUCCCUGAGCACGUGUGGUCCCAGCACCACACCAGGUACCAGGAGCACCUCCUCCUCCAGCGUACGGACCGAGUCCUGCUCGCCAUGCACUUUGCUUUGCUGCGCGCUCGUGGUGCGUGCGUCACGCACGUGUACGUGUUAGUUUGGGAAAUGAGGGAUCAUUAAAUGGGACAGUUACCUUUUUCUACAGCUUCUCUGAGUGUGGCUUCUCACUGUGCUGCAGCAGGAGCUGGAGUGUGCU